AUGUUUAAAAAAUUUAACUUUUCAGAAAACAUUGCUGGACAAUCGCAAUUAAAAUCUUCUGUUCAAAGAAACAUUCGUUCAAAGCUUGCAGAGGACUAUCCUGCGCUUGAACCUAUUCUAGAUGAUAUUAUGCCAAAGAAAACACCUAUUGUUCAAAUCAAGGGUCACGAUCAUAUAUCUUUUCUUUCUGUCAAUGGAGAGAUCCUUUUCUUUCAACAUUUCGAUGGUCCCUUUUUUCCAACGCUAGCCUUAUUACACAAGUACCCUGAUAUCCUCCCAAAGCUACAGGUUGAUCGUGGAGCUAUCAAGUUUGUUUUAUCUGGAGCCAAUAUCAUGUGUCCAGGAUUGACAUCCAAGGGUGCACGUAUGGAUGAGAAUUUACCUGUGGGAGCUGUUGUAGCUAUCAUGGCAGAAGGCAAAGAGAAUGCACUUGCUGUCGGAUUACUCAAGAUGAGCACAGAGGAUAUUAAAAAAGUGAAUAAGGGAAUUGGCGUGGACAAUAUUCAUUAUUUGACUGACCCACUCUGGAAAGAAACCAUUCACAUAUAA